AUGCUUGCCUCCGCUUUUCUGCUGCUUCCAAGCAUUGUUUCAACGGCUCGAGCGGUCACUGUGUAUGGCCAAAUACCGCUUGCUCAAACUGCGUCGGGUACAUCAGGCAUUCCAACAAUUCCAACACUGGCGGCCUACGAUAAAACGCAGCUUGUCCCUCCAGCAAUCGUUGAACCUGCCCCCGCCAAUGCGUACACAUUAACGCUUCAAGACAAUGCGGCGGCAGUAGACGGCCUUUCAAUUCCUCACGUUGGGCCUGGAUUUUGGGGUUUCUCUCUUGAAAUGUCGGUGCUCAAUCAAGUCUUGGGCAAAAACUCAUCACUCAUUCAGGUCCCGUUUUUAAACCUUAUGUCCAAUCUUAUCGAACGCUCAGGUGGUGUUCUAAUUCGAAUCGGCGGGAACACUCAGGAAUUUGCGACAAUGGUACCAUUCCUGGAAGGUGGAAAAACAUUCGACAAGGAAGAUUCAGGAAGUACACAGACGACCAAAACUCCCGCUGUCCUUUAUACAAUCGAUAUGUUCUACAUGGCGGCCAAUAUCUCGUCAAUGUUAAAUGUCAAAUGGUUUUUCGGCAUACCUUUCAAUGAUUCAGUAAACUGGCGUUUGACCAUUGCAGAAGAGGCUCAGAGCAUUGUCGGUGACAACUUGAUUGCCCUUCAGGCUGGAAACGAACCUGAUUUCUACGAGGAAUUCGGGCGUCGUCAAACUUACUCUCCGGAAAUGUAUACUCAGGAAGUCGAGCAACUUGUUGCUGUUAUUGACGCCAAUGAUCGUAUUCCAAUCAAGAAUAUGUUACUGGGACCAAGUGUCGCCACAGGACCAUGGACGCCUGAACAAGUUUGGGAAACAAAUUUCAUUGAACGCCUGAAAGACAGAUUGCAUGCCUUGACUGUUGAGCACUAUCCCAACAACAAUUGCGCAGCUGCAUAUAACAACGGAGGAAGAGUUGUAAUUCCACAAGAAAUUUUUCCUGAAUAUCUUUCGCAUACAGCUGCAGUUGAACUUGUUCGACCAUACUGGAAUUCCGCAGCGCUUGCCGUGGAAGCAGGAAAACCGUUAUACAUGUUCGAGACUAAUACGGCAUCUUGUGGUGGCUUCGCUGGAGUCAGCGAUUCGUAUGGUGCCGCUCUCUGGGCCAUGGAUUAUGGAUUCCAGAUGGCGUAUGCCAACUUUACUCACGGAAUGCUCCACGUCGGUGGACAGAACGUAUUCUACAAUCCUUUCACUGCUCCCCCCACAAAUCAAUCCUCAUACAACCAGUGGACUGCAGGAGCGGUCUAUUACUCCACCGUCGUACUUGCAGAAGCGUUUGGAAAGAGCAACACAUCUAGGAUUGUCGAUCUUUUGGGAAACGCAGGCUCGGUUUAUACGCCAUCCUAUGCCAUAUACGAACAGGAAAAGCUUAGCAAAGUCGCUUUAUUCAAUUACAUGGAUGAUGCGUCAGGUGCUCACGACCUGAGUGUUACUAUUUCCGUACCAACAGGAGUACCAACAACGGUUGAAGUCAAAUAUCUUGCCGCAAGUUCGGUUUCUUCCAAGGAUAAUAUCACUUGGGCGGGCCAGACACUCGGUAACCAGUAUGAAGUCGAUGGACGAUUCAAAGGCGAGCUGAACGUCACCACCAUCAACUGCGAUACUGUAGCAAGCACCUGCAUAAUUCCAAUACCCGCUCCUGGCUUUGCCCUUGUCUUCUUCAAUAAUGCUGCAGAACAAUUAACCAUCGGCCAGGCCACUCAAACGUUCGGGACGACCGCUUUCAGCAGGGGCCACAACACAGCGACUGUCGAUCCUGCUGUGCUUCAGACAUCAAACGGACACUCUGGAGCCAACCGAGACUCCUAUAGGAGUACGAGUCUUGGAAGUGCAAGCUCUGCCGAAAAGAAAGUCGCCAUGAUUCCAGGUGUCAUUGCGUUAUUUUCGGUGAUUGUAGGCAGCUUUUGGGUAGCGCGAAAUCUUGUGCAGUAG